AGGAAGUGCUGCAGCAGCGAUUGGAGCCCAAUAAGAAGCUUUGACUUGUCUUGCCAGACCCUGACAUGCGUGAGACCAUAGGGCUGAGAGAUUGUGAUUUUACAAAGAUUUGAAAACCUAAUUCUUCACUAUGCCUUAUUUGGGGUCAGAAGACGCUGUCAAAGAGCUAAAGAGAGCUCUCUGUAAUCCUCACAUCCAGGCAGAUCGACUGAGAUACAGAAAUGCCAUCCACAAAGUAAUCCGGCACAUGACCCAGGGAGUAGAUGUGUCCAGUGUCUUCAUGGAGAUGGUUAAGGCCAGUGCCACUGUAGACAUUGUACAGAAGAAGCUAGUCUACUUAUACAUGUGCACGUAUGCCACUCAGAAACCAGAUCUGGCCCUUUUAGCUAUUAAUACUUUGUGCAAAGACUGCUCGGAUCCUAACCCCAUGGUGAGAGGCCUGGCAUUACGAAGCAUGUGCAACCUCAGAAUGCCUGGAAUCCAUGAAUACAUACAACAGCCUAUUCAAAAUGGCCUCCGAGACAAAGCAUCGUAUGUGAGAAGAGUGGCUGUGCUGGGAUGUGCAAAAAUGCAUGCACAGCAAGGAGAUGUGGAAGUUGAUGGGGCUAUGGUGAAUGAGUUAUACAGUCUACUUCGAGACCCUGACCCUAUUGUCCUGGUGAACUGCUUAAGGGCACUAGAGGAAAUCCUAAAGAGAGAAGGAGGCAUUGUGAUCAACAAACCAAUAGCUCAUCAUUUACUCAACAGGAUGGCCGAUUUGGACCAAUGGGGUCAAACUGAAGUUUUGUUUUUCCUACUUCGGUACAAACCCAGAAGUGAAGAGGAAAUUUUUGAUAUCCUGAACCUUCUCGAUGUAUUCCUCAAAAGCACCCAUGCUGGCGUUGUCAUAGGAGCUGCCAAACUCUUCCUGGUUCUAGCAAACGACUUCCCCCAUGUCCAAACAGAUGUCCUGUUCCGACUGAAGGGCCCACUGCUGUCUGCAUGCACCUCAGAAAACCGAGAGAUGUGCUUUGCAGCCCUUUGCCAUGUGCGAGAGAUUCUGCAAAGCUUACCAGGACAUUUUAGCAGCCACUACAAAAAGUUUUUUUGCUCUUACAACGAUCCUCACUACAUCAAGAACCAGAAGAUGGAUAUUCUGUGCGAGCUGGUAAACGAUGAGAACGUGCACAAUAUUCUGGAGGAGCUCAGAGUCUGUUGCACAGAUGUGUCUGUCCAGCUCUCUCAAACUGCUAUUUUUGCAAUAGGUCGCAUUGCAAGAAUGUAUAGUGAGAAAUGUGUGGAAACAUUAGCAGACCUACUUGAGUUCAAACAAGAACACAUUACAUCAGCCGUCAUACAGACUUUCCGAGACCUUGUGUGGUUGUGUCCACAAUGCACUACAGACGUGUGUCUGGCUAUUCCUGGAUGUGAGGAAAAUAUUCAGGAUAACGAGGGGAAGCAGGCACUGAUUUGGCUUUUGGGGAUGCAUGGAGAACUAAUUCCUAAUGCCCCCUAUGUAUUGGAGGACUAUGCUGAUAAUAUUAAGGCAGAGACUUGUCCAGUAGUGAAGAUGGAGCUGCUGACUGCCCUUGUGCGACUGUUCCUGUCUAGACCAGCAGAAUGUCAAGACACACUGGGGCGACUUAUUUAUUUCUGCAUUGAGGAGGAGACCAACAUGGCUGUGCGCGAUCGAGGCCUAUUUUACUACAGACUAUUAGCUGCCGGUGUGGAGGAAGUUAAACUAGUUAUGAACAGCCCAAAAUCUGAUCCAUCUGUUGGUCUCUUGGUGAAUCGAACAGAGCAACCAUUUAAAAACUGGGUGCCACGUUUUAACACAUUAGUACCAUUAUAUGAAAAGAAACAGUGGGAAUGUCUGUCUCCCAGAGCAAACAGGACUAACCUUAGCCUUUUGGAAAAUGCUUCAGAUCAUCUAGUAAGAGCUGAACAGAGUGCAGCAGCAGAAUCAGAUAUACAAGAUGAAGAGUCUUCUGAUUUUACCCUAAUGUCUGAUAUUGCAAUGACACCAGAGCUAUUUGAGAAGAACUGGCACUCAUCAGAUCCUGCAUGUCAGUUGUCCAUAGAAUGGAAAAGCAGUGUACAUCUAGAUACUCUGCAAACUGCCUUACACUUGAUGAACAUCUACACUAUUGCAAAGAGUAAAGCUGGUUUGCAACCAUGGAAAUCUUAUCUCUACGCCCAGGAUAACAUAGGAAAUAUGUAUUUCAUACAGAUGGUGCUUGCUAGUGAUGCUUCUGCUUUUCAGACAAUGGUAAAACAAAGUCCAGGGAGAGAGGACGUACUACAGAAUUUUAUAUCUCUCUUAAAAACUGCGGUUGGAACAAUCUUAUCUCUAUCUUGAUAAAUAUGAUUACUUUUAA